AUGGCACAACCGCCCAUUCUAUCGAAGUCGGUCGAUGAGGAAACUUUAUUUCUCUACUUGGCGAUUACAGAAUAUGCUGCUAGUGCUGUCUUAGUAAGAAAAGAAGAAGGUGUCCAGAAGGCUAUUUAUUAUGUGAGCAAAAGGCUAAUUGGAGCGGAGCUGUGGUACCUACCUAUUGAAAAAGUUCGAGUUGCUGUAAGAUUGAGACCCCGAAAUUCGGAGGAAUUGAUAGCCAAUGCUGACUUUGCUGAUUGUGUAGAGUUACAGUCAGAGCUUAAAAGGUUGAAAUUAGACUAUGAUACAUUCGAGUUUGAUGAGGUGCUAACUGACUUUGCAUCACAAAAACGUAUUUAUGAAGUUAUGGAAAAACCUGUUGUGGAGAGUGUCCUAGAUGGUUAUAAUGGGACAGUCAUGGCAUAUAGACAGAUUGGUACAAGUAAAACAUAUACUCUUGGAAGACUUGGAGAAGAAGGCACAACUGCUCGUGGCAUAAUGGUGCGCUCAAUGGAGGACAUUUUAGCAGAUAUUGCUCUAGAGAUAGAUUCUGUGUCAGUUUCAUAUUUGCAGCUUUAUAUGGAAACUAUACAUGACCUUCUUGAUCCUGCAAAUGAUAACAUUUCCAUAGUGGAAGACCCCAAAACUAGAGAUGUUUCUCUACUAGGGGUUACAAUAAAUGAAAUUUGGGACCAUAUGAGUUUUGUUGAACUAUUAAGACUUGGAGAGGCUCACUGUUUUGUUACAAAUACAAAAUUGAACACUGAAUCUUCUCGUAGUCAUGCUAUUUUGAUGGUAAAUGUGAAGAGGCAUGUGAAAGGAAGAGAUUCAACUCUUUUGAAUGAAAAUGGUAACAUCUCCCACAUAAGUAAAACUCUAAAGGCUCCUUUAGGUUGGAAGGGAAAGUUAGUUGUAGUUGAUCUAGCUGGUUCAGAGCUUAUUGAUAAGUUAGGUAUGAGUGUUUGAAUUUCUUAUUACAAAAUGAGUCUUUUUUUAUUGUUUCCUUUGUUGACUGACCUUUAUUCAUAGGAACAACUUACAUUUAGCAACAUUUAGCAACAAUGCGACAUAUGCUUUAAACUGAGGCAGUUUUUUUUCCACAGUUUAUACCAACUUAAGAAGGAAUUUGAUUACAAAUAUUUAUCCAGAAGGCUAGAUAUACAAUUAGAUAAACUUAUUAUGGAACAUGAAAGGUAGCAGAAAGCAUUUAAGGAUGAAAUUGAGAGAAUAAUCAUAGAGGCACAAAAUCAGAUUUCUGAGACUGAAAGGAAUUAUGCAGAAGCCUUGGAGGUAAAUAUUUGUGUUAAUAUUAUCCAGAAGCAUCAUGUUCCUUUGAAAAUUUUGGCAUGUUUAUUUGUCUCUUCAAGUGUGUUCCUUCAUGUGUAAAAUUCUCUUAAAAGCUAAUUGGUCUUAACAGCUUUUCAUUUUAUUAUUUUUUAUAAGCAAGAAAAGUAGCUCAGGUCACCUUUUUUUUUUAAUACAUGAACUUCUGAUCUGAUAAGUGCCUAUAGUUGUUUUAAUUGUUGUAAUCCUCAUUUUUUGUAUUUGUAGAAGGAAAGAUUAAAGUAUCAGAAAGAUUACAUGGAAUCCAUAAAGAAGCUUGAAGAGAAAUUGAAGAUGAAUUAGUCAAAACAAGGCAGUGACAAAAUCGCAAAUGGAGCGAAAGAUAAUGCCACUGAUGUGACAUCUAACAAAGAGGUAAUUAUAUCAGAUGAGAAAAAGAGCUUCCUAUAUAAUUGUUUCUUAAUGAUACCUCUAUUAUCAUCACAGAAGUUUGAAAAAUAAAGCAUCAAAUAAAACAACACAUUUUGCUUAUUCUGUACUCUAAUCCACCAUAAAGCGUGUUUGGCACACUGAUGUCUCUAAGGAUGUAAUAAUUAUACAUGUCUAAUUCAACUAGAAAAAAAACACUAAAAUAAAUGAUGGGAAUUUAUUAAAUAUAAAGUAUUCACUAUUGCUUUUGAUCAUCUCAAUAUCUCAGACAUUAAAAAAUUGGCUUAUAUAGUGAUGAAUAUGUUGCUUUAUUAUAACGUCUUAAACUUAAUAUAUGGAAUAAUAGAUAAAUGUAGCAGAUCUAUUUAGAAAUGGAUGUGUGGGUUAUCUUAAAUUAUCACUUAGGCUUCUGAUUUUCAUGCCAUAUCUGGUCUCUUCUUUCACUCUCCAAUUCAACUAACAUUUUAAAUUAUAUUGUAAUGUGCCUCUGGAAGUUUAUUUCACAGAAUUUGUCUUCUCUGGAGGAAAUUGUUGAACUCAAAAAAUGCUUCAGAAAGAAACUCUUUUAAGGAAGAAAGUUGAAGAGGAAAUUAAUAUUCUAAAAUAUCAACUUUGUCAAUGGAUAAAGUCAAAGGUAUGUUUCUUCCUCUCUUCUUAUAACUCUAAUUCGUUGAUGCCUUUAUGGUAUCAGUUAUUUCAAGUUACUCUCCUUAUUAUUCUUUGGAUAUCAGUUAGUUCAAUAAGACUAUAAUAGACUAUAUUCUUAGGUAUUAAAUACUUGA